CCGCUAGGGGGCGCUACUGCGGCCUGUCUCAGCGGGGCCGCGCUGAGGCCAGCUGCGAUUGGCUGCGCGGGUCAUGUGAGGCGGAGGCCGUGCCGUUGACAAUAAACAUGGAGUCGAUCUUCCACGAGCGGCAAGAAGGCUCACUAUGUGCUCAGCACUGUCUGAAUAAUUUGCUACAAGGAGAGUACUUUAGUCCUGUUGAGUUAUCCUCCAUUGCACAGCAGUUGGAUGAGGAAGAAAGAAUGAGAAUGGCAGAGGGAGGAGUGUCUAGUGAAGAAUAUAGAACAUUUCUACAGCAGCCUUCUGUAAAUAUGGAUGACAGUGGAUUCUUCUCUAUUCAAGUUAUAAGCAAUGCCUUGAAAGUUUGGGGUUUAGAGCUAAUCCUCUUCAACAGCCCAGAGUAUCAGAGGCUUGGGAUCGACCCUAUAAAUGAAAAAUCAUUUAUUUGUAAUUAUAAGGAACACUGGUUUACAGUUCGAAAGUUAGGAAAACAGUGGUUUAACUUGAACUCUCUCUUGAUGGGUCCAGAACUAAUAUCAGAUACAUAUCUUGCACUUUUCUUGGCGCAAUUACAACAGGAAGGUUAUUCCAUAUUUGUAGUAAAAGGUGACCUGCCAGACUGUGAGGCUGAUCAGCUGUUGCAGAUGAUUCGAGUACAGCAGGUGCAGCGACCAAAACUAAUUGGAGAAGAGACUGCACAGUCAAGAGACCAGAGGCUACCCAGAAGUGAUGUGGACCAAGCUAUAGAAGUUAGCCAUCCUUUUGAUGGAACAAGCAUGUUAGAUGAAGAUGAAGAGAAUUUUCAAAGAGCUCUGGCUCUAAGUAGGCAGGAAAUUGAUAUGGAAGAUGAAGAAGCUGAUCUUCGUAGAGCCAUUCAACUCAGCAUGCAAGGUAGUCGUCAAAGUGAGUUCUCAAACUUGUUACCACAGAAUGUUUCUCAGCCGCCACACACCAGUCAGACAGACUCUCUUUCUUCAGAAGAUCUGCGCAGGAGAAGACAAGCAUAUUUUGAAAAACAGCAACAACAGCUACAGCAGCAAGAUCUGACCCUGAACCUUCAUGGUAAACCAAUUAUAAGCUCAAGCACUCUGGAAGCUGAUCCAGGAGGUGAUAUGAGCGAAGAAGACAUGCUUCAAGCAGCUAUGAAUAUGUCUCUGGAAUCUGCUAGAAACCACUUGAGUACAGAAGAGAAGAAAUGACAUCGUAAUUUUUUCCCCUCUACUGUAAAAACACUACGUCUCCGUUACAAUUUUAUUCUGUGGAUGUUGCGCAAGCAGGGUUCAUUUCGGAGUUUUGGAAGCAGGGAUGAAAGGUUGGCUGGAGCUCAGAGUUUAGAGGGAAUCUGCAAAUAUCAAAAAGUUGGCACUAAUGUAAAAAAUCAUAGCACUCCUACUACAAGAUUAACAGUAUUGAAAUUACUUAGAUUACUCAUGCGGUCAAACAUACACAUGUAGCAGCUGUAACUCGCAUUUUAAAAAAAAUUGUUUUGAAAAAUUCUAUAGAGAGCACAAAAGGUGCCAAAAACUAGUAUCAACCAGUUUUUCAGUACUAAUACAAAAAUAGAAAAAAGUAAUAAGUUGUAUUCAUAAGUUGCUAGAUACAAAAAAAAAAAAAAGGAGAUCAGCUGGGGAGGAAAAACUAAAUUCUGUUUAUCUUAGUUAAAGAAUGAAUCAUAAUACAAGUUGAGUGACUUGAUGUCAACUUUCUGGUCCUGCUGCCCACUUUUGAAAUGACCCAUUCUGCAGGAGAAACCUAAAUCUGUAAAUGUAUUGCUUAGCAAUUAAAGAGAAAAUCUCCAGUGUACUGUAGAUUGACAUUCACUGAAAGAUUCCAGAGUAAUUCUGACCUUCUAACACUUUCUGGUUUUACUUUUAGUUUUACUUGUAGUUUCCAAGUUCAUGUUUGAGGUAGGGUUUUUGCUUUGCCAUUUUGUCUUUUGAUAAAUAAAUAACUUUUUUAUUUUUUUUAAUGUUAGGUUUGUUUUAUACUCUUUCUGAUUAUGCCGCUGUUUUUAUCCUAAAAGUAUCACAAUGGGUUAAACAGGUUUUCUUUUAUAUUUCUACUGCAAUAUCUUUUCCUCUUCAAGCUCAACCCUUCAUUCUGCCCUUUCAGUAUCAAAGAGCUGUAACGGAGUCUAGGAGAAAGGAGAAUGGGGACGAUCUGGGUGCCAUAAAAUGAGUGCCACGUAUGUAAGUUGCAUUCCUGCAGUCUGAAAUGACCUCUGUGCAAGUAGCUCUUCGAAGAAUGAAUAUUUAUGUCUGUGUGGGUGCUCCUUCUGAAAUGCUUUUUGACUGUCUGUCAGAAUGUUGUAGCUUUUUCAGGAAUGGCCUUUAUUCAUGCACCUUAAAAUUUUUUAUCAUGCUGUUUCUGAUGCUGAGGGGGAAAAAAAAAAACAGGGAGCAAAGGAUGGGAGAUGGCUUAUGCUACUGGUUGUAACACAUUUGUUUUGAUACCCAGGAUGAGUGUGUGAUAGGGUGACCAAACUUGACUUUCAACUUAGUGCAGAAAUUGAUGUUUCAUUUUACUAAAUGGUGCUUGAAAUACAAAUUCUGUUUACAUAUAAAUUAUAUGGAAAUAUGUUGUAGAUACAGUAUGUAAGCCGUAUUCAAUGUGUUAACAGCACAGGCAUUCUAAGAAUAAUCUUUUGAAAAUAAACCCAAAUUCCUGUAUCGAAAUA